GGGGUCUAGAGACGUUCUGUAGUCUUGUGCUUUCAUUUGUGUUUUGCCGCGAGAACGAGCCGGUCCCACGGAAAGAAGAUCGAAAUUGGGAUCGAUCAUGUCUGUAGAGCAGAACGGCGAAGAAGCACCAGCUUCGUAUUUCAUCGGGAAGAAAGAAGACGUCAUGAAGGCGAAGAGAGUGUCGAAGUUCAUCAAUGGAAGGGACGUCCUUGUUAUCUAUUACGAGGGGAAAUUUUACGCCAUGGACGCGUAUUGCUAUCAUGCUGGCGGCCUAUUAGAGAAUGGAGACAUCGAGGAGUUCAAUUACAAAUUGUGCAUUGUGUGCCCUUCGCACAAGUACAAAAUCACACUAGCGGAGGGAGAAGGCCUGUACCAAGCCUCAGAUCCCGAAGAAAAGCCGCCGAUUCCCAGGUGGUACUCCAAAGGAAUAAAGCAGAGGGUUCACACCGUCCUGGAUGUAGGAGGAGACAUUUACGUCAAGAUGUCCGACGUGCGCAAGUCGAUCGGGUCCGACUACUACCAGACCGAGAAGCAACGGCAGGAACGACAGAAAUGUCCUGAGAUUUCUGCUGCUGCUGCUGAUGAUGAUGAGGGAGAGUGCUGAUCGAGUCCCCCCCCCCACCAUAUAAACACACACACACACAAGCAUGCACACAUAUAUGCACACACACGUACAUGCACACACAUGUACACAAACCCACACACACACAUACACACAGAAGAAGAAGAAGAAGAAGGCUUGGAAUGAGGUGAGCUUACUAGCCUGGACUAGGUGUUUGUUCUUGGUAGGCGUUGCCCUUGGGGGUUCUGUUAGUCCGCUGGUCCAGCCUCUGAUUAAGACACUGGAGAAUUAACAUGAGCCAUUUCCGACCAGUCCACACAUGCAAACAUCCAGUCAGAGGAUCUCACACUGGUAAUAUCACAGUCUGCUGCUUGUGUCUGUGUGCCUGUCCUGGUCUUCAGACAUCAUCAUUAUACAUGCACAAUGUACAGGGGAGGGGGGGGUUGAAUGCCUCAUGCCUAUGACCUUAAAUUGUGACAGCCCUCUUCUUGUUCAGUGUGGGGUAAAAGCCUAAAUUCUCAAAUAGUCUAAAAAUAAAGUUUUUCCCCUUUUUUAAAGGAUUUUUUUUUACUUUGUCAUGGUCAUUGAGGCAUGGAAGUAUGAUGAGCCAAAAUCUGUAGGUAGUGACCUAUGCAUACAUCCUGUUUUCAUCAAUAGAAAAUAAACAUGGAAAUUUGAAGAGCUUAA